AUGCCUACAAACCUUUCCUCGUCCCCGGUGGCCUUGUCGACGACCAACGGCACUUCUUCUCAGUCUAAUCGGCAGCAAGAAAUCCGCCCCUCAACAACAUCGCCCACAUCCUCGUCGUCCUCGAUUGCGUUUCCCACAUUGCCUGGCAAGUCCCAGCAGCCGUCCGCCGCUACCGCUCCAUCCGACGACAGCAACGGUUUCGAAAUGGCACCCAUCGCCGGCCACCGACGGCGCAAGAGCAGCUUAAUGAACCCUGCCGGCCAUUUUCCUGCUCCUGGCGACCGCACACUACCGCACACACCAAAUGCAAACGCCCGGCGGAAAUCUGGCAGUUUCUCGGGUCAGAGCGCCGGCCAGCGCGAGCUCACGGCGGGCCCAGCCCACGACAGAAACGACUGGGGCCAGGAGAGCUUCAGCGAUGACGACCUGCACGAUGACGAGGAGCUGGGCCUCACGGCGCAAGACCGUGCUCGAAAGCAAAAGCAGCGGCGCAAAUUCACCAGAUUGGAUCAACGCAUCGCUCGAGAAAAGAACCUACCCAUCGACGAGCGGCAACAGGCAGAUCAGAGCGUCAUGAGACGUCUGAUGAUCAACGGAGGACUGAUUCUGCUCUGGUACAUCUUUUCACUAUCAAUUUCAUUGUACAACAAAUGGAUGUUUGACAAGGACCGUCUGAACUUUGCAUUUCCACUUUUCACGACAGCCAUGCACAUGCUUGUGCAAUUCUCUCUCGCGUCUCUCGUUUUAUAUUUCUUCCCUUCCUUGCGACCCUAUCGCAAACAUACUUCCGAUCUUGGGCGCUCACGACACGAGGACGAGCCGAAGUCGUCCAAGAUGUCGAAGCUGUACUACCUCACAAGAAUUGGCCCGUGCGGUGCCGCGACCAGUUUGGAUAUUGGACUCGGAAACAUGUCUCUCAAGUCCAUCACACUCACUUUUUACACCAUGUGCAAAUCCUCUUCUUUGGCAUUCGUCUUGAUCUUUGCCUUCAUCUUCCGCCUUGAAAAGCCGACGUGGCGCCUGGUCGCAAUCAUUGGCACAAUGACUGCCGGUGUUAUCCUCAUGGUUUCUGGUGAAGUCGAGUUCAAGCUCUCUGGGUUUCUGCUCGUCAUCUCUGCUGCAUUCUUCUCUGGCUUUCGUUGGGGUCUGACACAGCUACUACUGCUUCGCAAUCCUGCAACAUCAAACCCGUUUUCUAGUAUUUUUUUCCUUUCCCCCGUCAUGUUCAUCACAUUAUUUGCUAUGGCGAUUCCCGUGGAAGGCUUUAGCGAACUAUUCGAGGGCUUCGACCGCAUCAGCAAAGAAUUUGGCACCUUUAUGACACCCAUUUUCCUGCUAUUUCCUGGCUGUAUCGCAUUUCUCAUGAUAGCAUCAGAGUUUGCGUUACUGCAGCGAACAUCAGUCGUCACGCUCUCGAUUGCGGGCAUUUUCAAGGAAGUCAUCACCAUAUCUGCCGCUUCCCUCAUCUUUCACGACGAGCUGAGCUUCGUCAACUUCAUUGGCUUGCUGACCACGCUCGUCGCCAUUGGCGCGUAUAACUAUGUCAAGAUUUCCAAGAUGGUUGCCGAGGCGCAAGGAAAGGCACACGGCCCUAGUGAAAGCGACAAGGUCUUCUCCUGCAGCGAUGUCGAGAAUGACGACGUCAACGAAGAAUCUGCCGGGCUGCUACAGCAAAGCGAUUCAAACCCACCACUGCCUUCCGUUGCAGAGUACGAGCGAACAAAGUAA